UCUUCCGGAUUUAAGCAAAGCACAGCAGCAUGGCAGCAGAUAGCACAUUGUGUAAUGGCCAAGAAACGGCCUCCAUGAACGGAGAGCCAGCUUUCAAGCGACAUCGGGAGAGUGGACAGGUCGAGUCCCUGCGGAUUCCGAAGGAACCUCGGAAUAAAGUAACCGUGGUUCUCGGUGCGCAAUGGGGAGACGAGGGAAAGGGGAAAGUGGUUGACCUGCUAGCGCUGGACGCGGAUUUAGUAUGCAGGUGUCAGGGAGGCAACAACGCAGGCCACACAGUGGUGGUGGACUCUGUGGAGUAUGACUUCCACUUGCUGCCCAGUGGAGUGCUCAACAAGAAGGCUGUCUCAUUUAUUGGGAACGGGGUUGUGAUACACCUGCCUGGCCUCUUCGAGGAGGCUGAAAAGAACCUGCAGAAAGGCAACGGACUGCAAGGAUGGGAGAAGCGGUUAAAGAUAUCUGACCGUGCACACAUUGUGUUCAACUUCCACCAAGCUGUUGAUGGGAUCCAGGAACAACAGAGACAGCUACAGGCAGGAAAGAAUUUGGGAACCACCAAAAAGGGCAUUGGACCUGCCUAUUCUUCCAAAGCUGCUCGCAAUGGACUGCGAGUCUGUGACCUUGUGUCUGAUUUCACUGUCUUUGCGGAGAAGUUCCGUGUGUUAGCAGGGCAAUUCCUGACUAUGUACCCUGACCUAAAUGUUGACAUUGACAAUGAGCUGCAACAACUGAAGGUGUAUGCUGAGAAGUUGCGGCCCCUUGUCACCGAUGGGGUGUACUUCAUGCACAAGGCCCUCACUGGUCCCAGUAAGAAGAUUCUGGUGGAGGGAGCCAAUGCAGCCCUCUUGGAUAUUGACUUUGGCACCUACCCGUUUGUGACAUCCUCUAACUGCACUGCUGGGGGGGUGUGCACUGGCCUGGGUGUGCCCCCGUCCUAUGUGGGGAGAGUGUAUGGUGUGGUUAAGGCCUACACCACCCGUGUGGGUGUUGGAGCUUUCCCCACUGAGCAGGACAAUGAGGUUGGCAACUUGUUGCAGUCCAGAGGGAGGGAGUUUGGUGUGACGACGGGCCGGCGGCGCCGCUGUGGCUGGCUGGACUUGAUCCUUGUCAGAUACGCCCACAUGGUCAACGGCUUCACUGCGAUCGCUCUGACCAAGCUUGACGUCCUCGACACGCUGCCAGAGAUCAAAGUGGGUGUGUCCUACACUGUUGAUGACGAGCCCCUUCCCAGUUUUCCUGCCAAUAUGGACGUGCUGAUGCGGGUGUCAGUGAAGUAUGAGACGCUACCUGGAUGGUGCUGCAGCACUGAGGAUGUGCGGUGCUUUGAGGAGCUGCCCCCUCAGGCACAGAGCUACAUCCGCUUCAUCGAGGACUUCUUGCAAGUGCCAGUGAAAUGGGUUGGAGUUGGGAAAUCCAGAGAAAGCAUGAUCAAGCUGUUCUGAUCAGUUGGGGAACUGAUAUCUUUUGGGUUUCUUGCCAUUACAACAGCUGCUUGGGAGAAGAAUGAUGAUGAAUACUUAGAUGACUAUAAACCUUGGGUUAAAGUCCCAAAGUCUGAAAAGAAAAAACUUCACCAGCAAUGUUAUUAGUGAAAUGUAUAACCUGCAUUUUAUAGCUUUCUUUUCUUCUGAUAUGACAACACAAUAUAUUGACCAUUAUGUUCAUCCUCCAUAUGUAAUGGACAGACAGGUAUUAAAUCUUAAACAACUGUGGUAACCAUA